AUGCAGGCCAACCCCAACGCUGCCGCUCACGGUUCCUCGCACGCCCAGCGCGACACCGAUCUCCUGCGCGAUGAGCUCCACCAGGACUCGCACAUGAACGCGGGCACUGCCAACUCCGCGCUCGCCGGCAACCCCGCGCCUGGCGAGGACGCCGCUGGCAAAGGUCGCUCACACGCGACCGGAAAGUCCAUCGUUCCCGAGACGCUUCAGCAGAAACUUCCUGAGAAAGUUGAGCGCGCUGUUCCCAACGCUCUCCAUGACACCUCGGGCCUCCCGCCCCGCCGCAAGUAG